GGGCCAUUUUGCCGGCUAAGUAAGAAAUAGUGAAUUUAAAUUCUAAUGCAAUCACAAUUACGUUAGCGGUUGAGCGAGGAGUUGCAAAACUUUGUCGGUCCACACUUCAGUUCACGUUUUUCCAACGUUAGGCCUUAACGCGUUUUUGUUUUUCCCGUGAAAUAUUAUCGUGCCACCAUGUCCUCCGAAGGUUAUUCCUCUUCGGAGCUGGAUUCAAUGCCGGACAGGAUAGCGGAGACGUUCUCCGGAAUGAAUCUACUCGUCACUGGCGGUACGGGCUUCAUGGGGAAGGUGCUGGUGGAGAAACUGCUCAGAAAAGUUCCUGAUAUUGGAAAAAUUAUGCUACUAGUUCGUCCGAAAAAAGGCAAGAACCCGAAACAGCGUCUCGAGGAAAUGUUAAAUGAUGCGUUAUUCGAGAAACUCCGCGGGCUUCGUGGUGGUACAGCUCCACUGAUUGAGAAAAUUCAGAUCAUUGAUGGUGACGUCAGCGCUCCAGACUUGGCCAUAAGUGACGCCGAUAGACAGAUAAUAACCGACGAGGUUCACAUGGUCAUACAUGCUGCGGCUACUAUCAGAUUUGAUGAAGAAUUGAAAAAAGCUGUGUUGUUAAACGUUCGAGGAACAAAGCUUGUGCUGGAAUUAGCUAAAAAAUGUAAAAACCUUAAGCUCUUCAUCCAUAUAUCAACAGCGUACUGUCACUUACAUGAAAAGCUUUUGGAAGAAAGACCGUACCCACCUCCAGCUGACCCCCAUAAGAUCAUUGAUGCCGUAGAAUGGAUGGACGAAGAAACCAUUGCUACUAUUACGCCAAAACUACUUAGCAAACUGCCAAACUCAUACGCCUUUACAAAAGCUUUGGGAGAAGCUUUAGCCGUUGAAGCUAUGGAGCAUAUACCUUUAAUGAUCCUACGUCCUUCUAUUGUAAUUCCAAUUUGGCAAGAACCUGUACCUGGAUGGACAGACAACAUAAACGGUCCUACUGGUCUUCUUAUUGGGGCUGGCAAAGGAGUUAUUCGGACGAUGUAUUGCAAAAGCAACAGUUAUGCUGACUACUUGCCUGUGGAUGUUUUCAUCAAUGGCAUCAUGAUUUGUGCGUGGAAUUACAUUAAAAACGGACAAACAAGUACCAAUGUUGUGAACUUUACAUCAUCUGCUGAGAUCAAGGUGACUUGGUUGGAGAUGAUCGACGCCGGAAGGGCAAUCGUUAUGAACAGGGUGCCAUUGAAUGGUGUUGUGUGGUAUCCAGGAGGUUCGAUGAAACAUUCUCGGUUUUACCACAACAUUUGUGCACUUUUCUUCCACUGGAUUCCAGCCAUACUAAUCGACACACUUCUAUUCUGUCUCGGAUAUAAACCUGUUUUGAUGCGCGUCCACCGACGUAUAAGUAAGGGAUUCGACGUAUUUGAAUACUACACAAAUAAUCAGUGGGACUUCAAAUCUGAUAUCGCGCAGUCACUUCGGAAAAGCCUUAACCCUAGAGAGAGGCGGGAUUAUAAAGUAGACGCUAUUGGUUUGGACAUAUUAAAAUAUUUUGAAGAUUGUAUCAGAGCAGCUCGGAUCUUCAUUUUAAAGGAAUAUGAUGACACACUACCUGCUGCCAGAAGGCAUAUGAAAGUAAUGUGGUUCGUGGAUAUUGCAACGAGAUUUUUGUUCUGGGCACUCAUAUUCUACUGGAUCAGUGGCUGGAUAUCAACGUUCUAUAGUUUUCUUACUACAUCUAGUGAAAUAACUCAUCAAGCUAUUGUGGAAUAGUUUAUGAUAUCAUUAGUGUGAACUCAAGAGUUUUAAGUCGAAAACUUUAGACUAUUUGUAAAACACAAGUAUUAUUUAGAUAACGUCGUUGUGUAUAAAUAAAGUUUGCGAAGCUUCUUUUGCUUCAGGAUAGGAAAUUAGGUUAGUUAUAAAAUUUAAAUUGUAUAAGAUUACGACGAUUUUGUAAUAUAGGUAUAUUUGUACACCGUCUUGAAGGAAUAGUAAAUCAUUAAUUUUAAGUUUUAAAACCAGUCUGGAUAACGGUUCCAGGGGAACGGUAGCCCAGCAAAUAAUUAAAAGACUUGAUAUAA